AUGACGACCUGUCUGGGAUCGUUGGAAGAAUGCCAGACAAACGUGCUUUGUUUUGUAAGUUUAUUUUGUAUUUUUUGCUUUUGAUUUUAGGUACAAUUUCUGAUAAAUACUACGAAAAGGUGUUUUAAACUUAAUUUUUGGUGAAAAUGAGGCGUAUUGUUUCCAAUAAAAAGAGUUUUGAGUUAAAAAAUGUAUGAAAAUUAAUUUUGUUUUCUUAAAAUGUUAGCUAAGAGACAUCAUUUGUUACCUAAAAUCUGUAAAAUCGUAACCAAAAAUUACACAAUGGAUUUCUUAUUUUAGACAGAGCUAUAUGGCUUAAAAUGGAAGCGUCUGACAACGGCAGACAGCUACACAUACACCUCGGAUAUUGAUGAAGAUCCGAUUAUCAAAGCAUUCCGUGAAUGUGUCGAUAACAACUUGCACGCGGCUUGGAGACGUCGAAGGCCCGAAUAUGAUCCAGGGAAGAGUGUGGAGACGGUGCCUUUAAAGGUGGAGACGCCUAAAGAGUUGUUUGUGUUUUGGUUUGCGGCCGAAGAGCCACCAAUCAUCAAAAAGCUCAUGGAUGAUGGUCUUGUUGGUAAGUUUUUCAUAUUUAUUUGUGUUUUUGAUGUUUAGGUAGGAAGAACGAUUAGAAUAUGUUAUAGAAGACUUAGGGGGAGACUUUAGAUGAAGUGGUGUCUAAUUUAUGUCUCUUUUCAGCUCCAGACGACGGUGAUUUCCAAGAUCAAAUGAUCAUCAACUAUGAUACGCGAGUUUUGUUCUACAAGGCUUUCCACUAUCUUUUUGAGCAAAACCUAUGGCGAGCUGGCUAUGUUAGACUAGGAAAAUGGUUUGUAAGACCAUUGGAAGAUUCUCCAUCAACAAACACAUCUUCACCAAGUCAUAUCAAUGCCUUCAGUGCUAAUUUUCAAUGUCUUGGCGAAACAAAUGUUUGUAUGAUUGUUAAAGUUCAACGACAAGAUCCAAUAUUGAGGUUGUCGAAAAGGGUUUUGAUGUUAAAUCGGAGAAUGGAAGUUGUGUUAGGUCCAUGGUCGAUUCGAGCUCAGCUUCUCUCGGAUCAACCGUUCUUCGACUAUGGGGAGAAGAAGGUGGACGUGAUGAAGGUGGAAGAAGUGCAAGAAGUGGCUAAUAAGCAGUUUGAACAGUGGAAAAAGAUGUUUCCAACUGAAGAAAGUAAGUUUUACUAUGUUUUGGAGUUUGAAAUUUAGGUAUUGUACAUUGAAUUUAAUCAAAAAUGGCACAAUAAGUUGAUUUUUUUGUGAAUUUUUGGUAAAAUUUGGAAAAAAGUUUUUUUGAUCUAUGCGUAACUUUAUCGAAAAAGAUAGUAGAUGUUUGAAAAUUGGUAUGAGCAUAGCUUAUUCAUUUAGCUAUCUAACAUACCAAACAAAAUUUUUAAAUUUACAGAAAUUCAGAAGAUAUAGUAAUUUUACUUCAACUAUCCAAAAAUUAAUGGCCAUCCUUAAUAUUUUUGAUAUUCCAGUUGAAGAAAUGGGCGAAACGAUCAAAAAGCCAGCUCAAUCUGAUGAGACCGACAUUCCAAAGUUUUUGCUGUUAGAGAUUCACGGUCAUAAGCUGUUAUGUCCAUCGUAUUUGGUGACAGUUCUGGCUACGGACGUGGAGAAAGCUCAGAAUUCGCCGAGCAAAAACCUGAAUCGAAUUGAAGAUGAGGACGAGGAGAACAUUGGCCUCAAAGCAGUUAGUGUCAUUGAGCAAUUGGAUCAGAAGGCAAAAAGAUUAGCACAUUUUCAAGCUGGCGAGAGUUAUAGUAAGUUUUUUUGAGUUUUUUUGGAUUUUAGGUAUUAAUUUGAAGGAAUAAAAGUGGAGAGCAGGAUUUGUAUAUUAUUUUGAUAGUAAAAUACGCUUCUUCAUUUUGUCGUUGUAGUAAAAAUGGAUUUAAAAAAAUGUUACCUAAAAUUCAAAAUUUAACUUUUUCAGUUCCAACCGCUUUCCGCCACAAUCGAAAAAGCUAUGCAGGUGUACGAAUAGCUUCGAAAACGUUCGAGGAUGCUUGUAUCAACCCAAAACCUCGACCUCCAAACCCGUCUCCAAUGACAAUUCAAACUCAGGAAGAUCAUCGGUGGAACGUGACGGAUUAUGUCCCUAAAACAUUUUGCUACUGCAAAUUGUGUAAUUCGAACAGUGGAAAUGAUAGUAAGUUGAAUUUUCUUCGUUAUGUUUGCAUUUUAGGUGAAUUGGGUAGAGGAGUGAAGAAUGGCGUGGGUUUUUGUAAAAUACGGUGGUUUAGUUUCAUGGUUAAUAUAAUUUGAUGUUUUUGGACAGAAAAUGAUUUUUUGCACAAAAUUUGUAAUACGACAUAUGAUAAAAAUGGUAUUUUGAAGCAAAAAACGGCCUUUGGAGUUUUUCAUAUUUGUAAUUUUCACGAUAUUACUCAUGACACCUAGAUGGUCAUGGUUAAUAUAAAUUAUAGUUUUUGAACGGAAAAUGAUUUUUAAGCAAUAUUGAGUCUAAAAUGGGAUGGUAAGGAAAUAUUGAAGUUAAAAUACGGUUUUUUAAAUUUUCUUUACAUGUUAUUCUCACGAUAUUACUCAUGAUAGCAAGGUGAUCAUGAUUAACAUAAUGUGAUGUUUUUGACAAUUAAAGUAACUUUUUGAGUAAAAUACAUUUUUGAAGUCAAAGAAAUGUUAGUUUUAAAUGUAUAUACUUUGUAUUUUUCAGUAAACUCUACCCCAUCAACCUCAAAAGACACCCGCUUCAUCUUCCACCACUCGAAGUCAUCGGCAACUCGCGCCCGCCACACCAAGACGUCCAAAAAAUCCUUGGCUGACCUAUCAGGUCUAAAAAACGUUGUUGAUGAGUUGUCGACGGACGAAACGACAUAUCACGAGCCGAAGCACAUUGUACAUCACAAUAAACGUCUAACCAAUCAGCUCGAUUUUGAGAAUUUCACGACAGAUCGAGGUCAACUGGUUGAACAAUGUGUGAACGUGGUGUUUGCAUCAGAUCUGAAGGACAGUCCAGGUGGCGAUGAUAUUCGACCGUUCAGUCCGGUCACUAAUCUCAAGACUCAAGUCCCAACUGAAAUUGAGUGAGUUUAAGCAAUGGGUAAUAUAAAUUUUAAAAGUGGAAGCCAGGUGGAAGAUUUGUAAUGUAAUUUGCACUGAAAAUCUUCCACUCAACUUCCAUUUUUAAAAUGUCUUAAAAUGGUCUAAAAACACGUUUUUUACACUUUUUAGAGGUGGAAGUUUGGUGGAAGAUUUGUAAUGUAAUUUGCACUGAAAAUCUUCCACUUGACUUUCAUAUAAAGACUUUCAUAUAAAAAGUGGUACUAUAAUAUUUAAAAUGGCACCAAAAUAUACUAAAACACAUAUUUUUAGGCACGAAAAGUACAGAACGUAUAGUUACCACUAUCACCCACUAAAACGAGACAUGUUGAACAAAGAACAGUAUCACCGUGAAUCAACUCAACGUUCCAAAGGUCCUUCCUUAAAGGAUACAAGCUCUCAAGUCUUAACUUCAACUCAAAACAUCAGCUUAUCUACCCUACAAGCCCGCGAAACCCUCAAACCGACAAGCCCAACCCGAAAAGACAACAAACAGGAAUGGCUAUCACAACUCGGCCAGGUCCUCAAAGCCAAACGCAAACGAAUAUAUCGGCAAGACGUGUCGAGAAAGGAGGAAAUGUCCGAGAACCUGAUCAAAGAACAAGGUGAAGAUCCGAUGGAACCUCUGAAUCCACCAGAUCCACUGAAUUCCGAAGAGAAGCGGGUGAAGAAGCUGAGCCGAAGAGCAACAUCAACAAGUCCAGUCAGGAACUACGACCCACUUCAUGUCUGUGUUCAUGUCAACAACGAACAGACCAAACAGUUCUUGAAUGAUGGACAAAUGCACAGCUUGAUCAAGACCGAGGAUAACAUGAAGGAUGUUGAGAAAAUGAAUGGUAAGCGGGAGAAGGAGUUGAGAAGUUGUGUGGCAAAGGGGGGAGGGGUUGAAAAAUUUUGAUGUUGAGAGGGGGGGGGGAAUUACGAAAUCGAAUGGAUAGGGGAAGGUGUUUAGAUUGUUAAGAGGAGCGGGUGUUUUGGUUGGUUUCAGGUAACAGUAUAGAGAUUUUAGGUAACAAAGUUAAAUUUUUGAGUUUUUAAAAUUUUUUUUGUUUUUUUUUAAUAUUAUUUUAGGUAAUAAAAAUUGAAAGAAUGGAAUUGUAGGUAGCAAAAUGGGCAAAAAUUGUGAUUUUAGGUAACAAAAAGAAGCAAAAAUUGCGAUUUUAGGUAACAAAAUGGGCAAGAUUUGGGAUUUGAGGUCACAAAAUGGCCAAAGUUUGGGAUUUUAGGUAACAAAAUGGACAAAAGAAGGGAUUUUAGGUAACAAAAUGAGCAAAAUUGGUAUCUUAGGUAACACAACGGGCAAAAAAUGUGAUUUUAGGUAACAUUUUAACUCAAUUCCUUUCCAGAAACCCAAAAAGUCAUAGACAAAUGUCACGAAUGGGUACGCGAAGACAUUGACAUUGACGAUCCAAAAACGCCCGGCCUAAAAGACGGCGAACCUCAAGUUUUCAGCAACAUAAUCAACCCAGAUCAGAUCAUCUCGCCUCCGGCGAGCAACGAAAGGGUCGAGAACACUGGGAUCAGUCAAGCACAGAGCCAAAUCAGCCAACUACCGGCUCAAAGCACGGUCCAGGCACAGAACAUGAACGAAAGCUUGUUUCUACACACUGGAAUGUGGAAUGCUGUAGGGUUUUGAAAAUUUUUGAAAUUUAAAAAAAUUUUUAAAUUUGAAAAAGUUGAAUUUAGGCCUAAAUUUUGGUUUUUUUUUGAGUAAAAAAUAAUUUGAAAUUUAAUUUUUUAAGGCUUAAAACAAUUUUAAAAGUUUUUUGAGAGUGGAAUUUAGGUGGAAGAUGUGUAAUGUAUUUUGCACUGAAAAUCUUCCACUAAACUUUAUCUUCCACUAAACAAACAAAAAUCUUCCACUAAACAAACACGUUUUUAACCUUUAAAAAGUGUUAAAAACGUGUUUUUAGACCAUUUUGAGACAUUUUAAAAGUGGAAGUUGAGUGGAAGAUUUUCAGUGCAAAUUACAUUACAAAUCUUCCACCAAACUUCCACCUCUAAAAAGUGUAAAAAACGUGUUUUUAGACCAUUUUAAGAAAUUUUAAAGUUAUUGCAAUUUUUGUUACAAAUACUCUAUUUUGAUUUUUCAGGGUAAUGUAACAGCAAACCCAGUGAACGACAACCUCUCCGUCAUCUACCCAACCCCACCCACGCCCAUGCAACAAUUCAGCCCAUUAAAUCUGGCAACAGUCGAGGAAUCGACCGGUAAGAAGAUUCGAACCGAGCGGCCGAAAGUCAUCGACACUCAAGACAUUUUAAACCCGUAUAGCCAGAAGGAAAACUCGAAAAUCGACCAGUCGAUAAAAGUGGAAGAUGAGUCGGUCUUUGAUGAAACGAAUGAAAAGGAUUUUGUCCUACCCGAGGGGGUGGAUUUUGAUAUUUUUGACGAAAAACAGAGGAAAAAGAUCAAAACGGAAGGACCGCUGAGGAAGAUUCUGAAGAAGGCGCUGGUAAAGAGGGCAAACCGGGAGAAUAUUCGAAUUGCACCGCAGUUUUUGGCAUUUCUAAAGGUUCAAAACGAUCCAAAGAAAGAGUUGAUGUCGUAUGGGGACAUUACUGAUGUAGGUUUGGGUUUAUAUCAAUAUGUUUGUGGGAGUUUUGGCUUGAAAAGGGGGAGAAAUGAGGGUUUUUUGGCUUAAAAAUGGUAGGAUAAAACGGUUUUUAAGCUUAAAAGUGAAGAAAAUGAUCGUUUUCGGCUUAGAAAUGAUUGGGCAUGUCAUUUUUUAGUCUUGAAAAAGCCAAUAAAAGUUUUUUAUAUUGUUUUGUAAUUUUUAAAAAGUGGUAAUUUGGUGGAAGAUUUUUAAUGUAUUUUUGCACUGAAAAUCUUCCAAGGAACUUUCAUUUUUUAAAAAGUGUUAAAAACCUGUUUUUAAGCAGUUUUAAGACAUUUUAGAAGUGGAUUUUAAGUGGAAGAUUUUCAGUGCAAAAUACAUUACAAACCUUCCACUCAACUUUCACUUUUUUAAUGUUUGGAUUUUUUGGUUUGUAAUGAAAGGUUUUGAAAUUUUAUGGGUUUGAAAGGCAUUUUUGGUAAUUUUAUGACCUGUAAACAAUGUUUUUGCAAUUGAAAUCUAAUUUUUUAAAUUUUUUUUUAAUUGUAGGACCCAUUAAAAAUGGCAGAUUCAUCAGUCGACUUGAAAAAGCGCAACGAAUUUAUAAAAUCUUAUGGUCUGAACGUUCUGCAAGACAUGCGAUUAAUGAAAUCGGCCCAAAAGAAGAAGGACAUGGAACAGAAGCGGCAACAACAACUCCAGGCACGUCAGCAGCAACAACAACAACGUUCCCAAUACCCAUUCAACCACCCUAAUCAGUACCAACGGCACCAGUUCAUGUCAGGUCAGAUGAUGAACCAGUACGGUCAAAUGGUACCAGGCAUGGGUAAUAUGGGGCCAGGCGGUACUAUGGGACCAGGUGGUACAAUGGGCCCAGGUGGUAACAUGGGACCAGGCCACAUGGGUAUGAAUCAUCAGUACGGCUCACCAAUGGCUCAAAUGGGGCAAUUCCCGGGACAAAAUAUGGGCGGACAAAUGCCCGGACAAAACGGAAUGAUGGGACAGAACGGCCAAAUUGGACAAAAUGGUGCAAUGCCAGGUCAUAUGGGACAAAUGCCCGGACAAAUGGGGCAAAACCCCCAAAUGCAUCAACAGUACAUGAUGCAACAACAAAUGAUGCGCCAAAACCAACGCUACCCCAACGUCAACUACUUCACCAACAGUCCCAGUCCAGCCGGCAGUAUGAACUCAAACCCUCAGUCAGUACCAGGCCCGAACCAACACCUAACAGCCGGUCCAGGUCCAAGUCCCUUCGGUUCGCCGAACAAUUUGCCUGGUCAAGGAAUGCCCGGGGCUAUGGGAAUGAACCAAGCUCAAAUGGGCAUGAACCAAGGACCAAUGGGACAAGGUGGCGCAGUUCAAGGAGGUAUGGGACAGUCUGGAACGUUUGGACAAGCUGGAACGAUGCCUGGAGCUAUGGCUGGUUCAAUGGGACAAAGUGGACCUAUGGGACAGUCUAUGCCUGGUGUUAUGGGACCAGGUGGUACUAUGCCAAGUUCCAUGGGCCAAGGUAGCACCAUGCCAGGAUCAGUAGGACAACCUGGCAACAUGGGAGCUCCAGGUUCAGUUGGACAUGUACCAAAACCCGGCUCAGUCGGACCAUCUGGUACGAUGGGAGCACCCGGAUCGGUAGGACACAUACCAAAACCUAUGUCUGUUGGACCGGCCGGAACUAUGCCAGGCUCUGUGGGACCAAACAACACCAUGCCAGGAUCAGUUGGACCAAAUAGUACUAUGCCAGGAUCGGUGGGCCCAACUAGCACCAUGCCAGGAUCAGUAGGUCAAGCUGGUGCAAUGCCUGGAUCAGUGGGCCCCAACAGUACCAUGCCUGGGUCAGUUGGACCAAGCAGUGCUAUGCCAAACUCAGUUGGACCACCAAAAGCCCCCGGAAGUGUACCAGCAGUACCAAACACGGAAGAGAACGCUCAACUCAAUCUAGCCAAAGAGAAGUCGCUAGCCCUUCUGAAGAACAACAAGAUGCGGUCAGCCACCAUUACCAUGCAAGAUACGAUAAUCGACAUGUUUUUGGAUACGGUAUUCGACGCCUGCCCCAUCUGCUCUUGUAAUGCCAACAUAAGGACCAACGACCUGGGUACCUACAUUCAGCCACCAAACGAACUGGUCCUAGUCGACCAAAUCGAAGCCCGCAGAGCCUCGGAUCCCAACUUCAGGCCGGACUUUUGGAGCGGCCUGAGUAAACCCAAAAGUGGCAUGAACUGCUCAUGUGGCUUCAGUGCGAUUCGCUACAGAAUUUUGGCUGCUGGAGCGCAGUGUCUAUUCCCAGAUGAUUUGAAGUAAGGGUUUUGGGUGGGAAAUUGUUGAGAAAGGGGGUUUCGAAGGUUAGAAAAAAAAUUUUUUUGAAAGCGGGGAGGGUGUUUUUUGGCGGUAGAAUAGGGUAGGGACAAAAAAUGUUUUUUUAUUUUGAAGUUUUUAAUUUUAGGUAACAAAAAUAAGAAAAAAACGUAAAAUUUAGAAAAUUUUUGAAUUUUAAACAACAAAAAUAAGAAAAAAUCUAAAAUUUAUGAUAUUUUUUGCAUUUUAGGUAACAGAAAUAAAAGAAAACAAAAAUUUUUUGAAAUUUUAGGUAUCAAAUAUAAAAAAGUUUAAAAAUUUUGAAAUUUGUCAAUUUUUACAUUUUAGGUAACAAAAAUUUAAAAUAAUAAAAAUUUUUUGAAAUGUUUGAAUUUUAGGUAACAAAAAAAAUAAAUAAUUAAAUAUGACCAUUUUAUGAAAUUUUAAAGGCAUUUCGAAAACUUAUGACAUUUUCAAACAUUCAUAACCUUCUGUCCUACCUAUAACACUCAAUUUUGCAGAGAAGCAGCCAACCAAUUCUCACACAUCAGCCUAAAGCAUCAAUGGCUAGAAAAGUCGCGGCUCCACUCAAUGACCGACGUUCUCCGCUUCAUGUCAACUACAUACGCUUUGAAUCGAAUGGCAAUAUCAACAUACUAUGCCGGCGACUUCCCAGCUACUUUUGACAACAUGGAUGGCAAGAAUAUACUGUCACCUGACAGUCUACAUACGAUAUCAAAAGCUGAAGCUGCUGAGAUUGAUAUCGCAUUGAAGACGGUACUUGGACUGGAUUUGAAGGUCAGGCUGCCCGUUUUUCAUCCAUGGGGACUGAGUGUAAGUUUAGCUUUUUAACUUAAGGAUUAAAAAAUUUGGAAAAAAAUUAUCGACCGGGCGAAAAUUAAAUUUUUUCUGUCAAUUUUUUGUUUCUUUGCUAUUGUUUACAUUUAGGCUUACAAAACAAAAGUUUUGAAAAAUAAAUUAUCGACCGGUCGAUAAAAAAUAUUUUUGAAAAAUAUAAUUUUUUAGCUUUUUUUUAAAAAUUAGCAGGAACUUUCUUUACAAAACAUGAAAUGGCAACAACUUUCUUUAUAAAGCAUAAAUUGGCAAUAACUUUGUUCACAAAGCAUAAAAUGGCAAUAUCUUUCUUUAAAAGACAUGAAAUGGCAAUAACUUUCUUUACAAUGCAUUAAAUGACAAUUGAAUUUAUAUGUCAUAAAGAUUAAUAUAACCCUUCUUUUUACCAGUCUUUGCCAUUUCCAGAUUGCCCAAAACGUAAAAGAGCCAAAGGACGACGAGUAUGUCGCCGUGAUCCGCGACAUUCUCCCCGUCCUCGAGAAGUCGAUAAAGCAAAUCCGGGGCGUGGACCUGAGCAGCCGUGGCAACAUCGUAGAAGGCCCCCUAACCUGGCGGCAAUUCCACAAAAAAGCUGUCAAGUCGGCCCAAGACGAGGAGGGCUACAAGACCGAACAGAUUCCCAACGUACUCGUAGCCGCUGGUCAAGACGCCAUCGUCACCAACCCACAACUGGUACACAUGUGGGAGAAGUUGUCCAUGGGACCGUACGAUCAGCCAAAGGAUGUGCUCUACCUGUCGGUGGUACCAGAUGGAAAUGUUUUGGCCGAUAAGUGCAAGGUGAGUGGUGAACAUGAGAGUAGAGUAGGGUAGGGUGGCGUAGAGUAGCGUAGAGUCCAUCAUGAAGGGGGAAGGAGGGGGAUGAAUUUUUGUUUUUGGCAACUUUUUCACUAUAUAUUUUAGGUAUACCUGGAAGAGUUUUCGGCCGUCUACGAAAAGUGCCGCUUCGGCCGCCACCUCAAAGUAAACGUCAAAGACUUCCCCCAACUAAAAGACGGCAUCCUCAAGAUCAUGGGCACCCGAGCAGCCGGAAGCAACGACAAACCCCACCCGAACAUGAACGAGGUCGAGCUGAAGCAUUGCCACAAGAUGCAAACCUACAUGGACAACACCGCUCACGACAUCAAGGCCUUCCUUCAACAAAAUGACAACAUUUUCGAGCGGAAAUCCUACUUCGAACACCUGGUCCGCGACGGCCUCCAGCCCCACUACACCAGCCUAGCCACCAACCCCGACGCCCAAAACAUGCCACCCCCACCCGCGCCACAAAUCGUGCAAAGCCCUUCCAGCGUCCAGUCCAACACCUCCGGUCCGGCCUCUCAAGGCAUCCACAACCCCACCACCCCCAGCUUCCAACAAUCACCCAGUCUAUCACUCGGACCACUCUCAAAUGACCCCAUGCAGGAUAGUAUCAGGACACCCGAGAACCCGGUCACUCCAGGCCAGAAUGAACAACAGAAUCCGAACUCGGAACAGAACAUCUCGAGAGGCGUGGAAGAACUAAUGAGUCAGGAUGCACCUCAUUUGCUGCCUCAUAUUGUAGUGAUCUAUGUGGUAGGUGGGGGAGGGGUUACUGUAUUAGUUGGGGAGAGGUUAUUGGGACUUAAAAAGGAUUUUUAGGCUUGAAUAAGCUUAAAAAUUACCUUUUUUAUAAUUGGAUAUGUGCCUUAGGCUAAAAAUUAAUUUUUUUGACGAAAAAAAAUUAUCGACCGGUCGAUUUUUUUUUAUUUUAAAAAUGACUUUUGUGGGCUUGAAUAGGUUUAGAAAUGGCCUUUUCAGGAUUGGGUAUGGACCUUAGGCUAAAAAUUAGGAUAUUUUUAAAGAAAAAAGUAUCGACCAGUUGAUUUUUUUUUAUUUUAAAAAUGGCUUUUUAUAGGCUGGAAUAGACUUACAAAUGAUUUUUUGGGACUGUAGGGCAUUUGGAGUAAAAAUAUUGGCGAAUGAAGAGAAAAAUUAUCGACCGGUCGAAAAAAAAAAUUGAAAAAAGGAAAUGAUUUUAAGCUUAUAUUAACACUGAAACACAAAUAUUAGCACUUAAACUAGGCUUAUUUUUUGGGAAAAAAAUUAUCGACCGGUCGAAUAAUUUUUAGAAAAUUUGUAAAAAAUGUUUGAAAAUUGAUUUUUAGGCUUAUACUUAUAUCCUAAUUCAAAUAUUCCAGGUAAAUCCUUUCUCUCUGGGCUCAGAAGCCGUGCCAAAGACCUUCAAGUACGGUAACAUGUUCCUCGUCCACCUAAUGGAGACAAUAAUGCGUGGUAUCAAGCCAGAACGACGGCCUCAAGUUCAAAUCGAAAUGAUCAAUGCCCAAUCGAUCCUCGACUACACCGGUGUCGCCAGUAAUUCCCUACGUGAAGAUAAACAAGUCCUGGAACCAGUCGAAGUCGUGAACAGAGAACGUUUGACCGCUCACGAUGUGCUACGUCGUCAGGCUUUUGCCGUCUACUCCCAAACCCGGAUUCUGGUGCCGGAGAAUGUGCGUAGCGCCUUGUGUCAAUCGAUGACACGGUUUGGACCAGCCGCUUCAAUGUCCGACAUCCUGGAUGGCAUCAAGGCGCGGAAGGAGGACAUCUACUUCAAGGUCGCCUGCCAACCCUACGUACUCGCUCCGAAACAUACCAUCGGUUUCCAGAACACGGCCAACAAGUUUUGCCUCCUGAAUCCGGAAGAGCGCGUACUAUUCGUAUCGUACUGCCUAGUUGGAGACGAUAUCCUAAUAGCAUCGUGCACGGAUCAGUACGGUCAUCUCUACGAUACUACCAUCAUAAACCUACACAAUCAAGCUCAGCAUGGCUACAGGCUCAAGAAGAGGAUCAUAAGCGUGGCCAUACAAAGGCUAUGGGCCUUCAUUCAAAGUGUCAUCGUCAUGGACACCAAGAACUGGCGGCUGGUGAUAAGCCGCGUGGGUAAGAUGGGUCACGGCGAGUUCAUCGCCUGGGCCCACAUCCUCAACAAGAACAACCUCCGCAACUUCAACAGCAACCUGCGAAGUCGCCACGAAAAGGACGCCACAUCACCGACACAAUCGAUCUGUAAAGCAUGCUCAGUGACCACCAACCUCAACGAGGUACCAGCCAUCAUGUCCGCCUGCCUAAUAUCCAUGGAGUCCGAACCCUACCUCCGGCUCUUCCCCGGCUUCCUACAGCAACCGGAGCAGAAGUCCAGAGCCAACUCGAAGAACAACAACCUCCUAACACUGUUGGAAGACACCUCCAUCACCCACAUCAUCACCUUCCCCACCUCACCCGAAAUAUCGACCGAACCGCAGGGAAGUCAGCCACAAGAGUCGGACGAUCUGUUUGGUGACCUGAUCGACCGAGACGACAUGGGAGAUCAGGAGGAUGGACUGGAUUUGAAUGGAAUCUUUGAUGAAGACGGCAAGGAUCAAGGUGGGUUGUAGCUUUAAAAUUGAUUUUUUUGAGGUGGGGGGGGGGGACGUAGGAAAAGUGAUUUUUUAUGGGGAUGGGGUGGAUAUGAAAAAUGUUUUUUUUGGGAUGGGGUGGAUACGAAAAAAAUUUUUAUGGGAGGAGGUGGGGUAGGUAGAAAAAAUUGAUUUUUUUGGGGGCGGGGGUAAGUAAGAAAAUUGAUUUUUUCGGGGUGGGGUUGGUAAUAAAUGCUUUUUUUGGGGGUGGGAGAAAAAAAAAUAGUUUUUUGAGGGCGAGGUGGUGUAGAUACGAAAUUUAAUUUUUGGGGGUGGGGUUGAAGGCAAAAUUAAUUUUUUUUCUGGUAAAAAACGAAAAAUGGUAAGAACUUUCUUUACAAGACCUAAAAUGGCAAAAACUUUCUUUACAAAACGAAAAACGGCAAGAACUUUCUUCGCAAAAAACAUAAUUUUUAAAACCUUGAACUCGAAAUCACAAUUUUAAACCACAUUUUUACAGAAGUCCCAAUCGAAAUCGACCAUCAACCCAUGGCCACCGGCUACAUGGUCUCGACGGCUCCAGCUAACGAGCUACCGGACUGGUUCUGGAACACAUGUCCCAACGCGAAACGCCACCUUCCAGUCCAUCUGAGGACGGCACUUCACAUCAAUUCAUCGAAUUUGCACGAGGAAAUCAAUGUUGGUCAAAAGACUGGCAAUGAAACCUUCCACCCGCUGGAUGAGGCUCCAACUGAUGCUAUAUUAAGGUAGGUUUGGAGGAGGUUUUGACAGAUUUUUGGGGGUUUUGGGUAAUAAUAGAGCAGAGUGAGGUUUUAGAAGAUUUUUUGGGCAUUUCUAAGGAUUUUGUUACCUAAAAAUGUUUUUGAAAUUUUGAAAAUUUGUUAAUAAAAGUUAAAUUUUCGUUUUUUUUUAAAUUUAUUACCUAAAAGUUACCUAAACUACUAAAAAUUUUAAAUUUUUCGAAAUUUGUUACCUAAAAAUCAUUUUUUUUUCGAUUUUAUAAAGCUUAUUCCUAGAAAUUUAUUUCUUCAGAUUUCAAUAAAUAGUUGUUACCUAAAAAAUUUAUUUUUCCGAUUUGUUUAGAAAAUUUUUUACCUAAAACUCUAUUUUUCGCUUUUUUCGAAAUUUGUUACCUAAUAAACCAUAUUUCCGAUGUUUUUUUGAAAAUUCGUUACCUUAAUCACUAAAACUUCAAAUUUAUGUAAAGUUGUUACCUAAAAAAAUGAUUUUUGUAUUUUUAGAAAGUUUAUUACCUAAAAAUUUAUUCUUCACAUUUUUUAGAAAUUGUUUUACCGAAAAUCCUAAUUUUUUGGAUUUUUAGAUACGUGAUGCAAAUGCACAACUCUCUGUCCUGGCUGAACGUAGAUCUUGGAUCGGGAGCACGAAUCUCAUGCCUCCCAGUCCACAUCCAAUGCCUGUUCCGCCUCUACAACAACAUUGAACAGUGCAUGCUCAGCUAA